UACAUGUGCUUUGUGUUUUUCGUUACUUCUAGCUGCGGAUAUCGAUAUAGCUCCGGAGUCCGGACUAUUCGUGCCGACCCACGAAGCUCCUCUUCCUCCCCUCCUAGAAUCAUACCUUUUUCGCCCGCUGAAAAUUGAAGAAAUAUUGAUCAGAAGGAGAAGAAGCAACAUGGAAGCUGAUGUUUUGAUUGACAAAGGAAUACAUAACAGAAGCUCUUUUUGGUAUUAGUAAUCUUAAUAAUCUCAUACCUCCAAGGUUUCAACUCGUGGGCUUGAUCAGGGAUUGGAGAGUUUUGAGAGUUGAAUUGAGUUGAUUGUGAAGUUUUACUAUUUUGGGUGUUUUUUGGUCUUUGUUUGCGUCUGAUAUUUUGGUCGAGAUGGGUCUGGUAGGUUUUACGAAGGGAGAUUCUAUAGGGGAACUGGGAUUUUCCCUUGUGGUGUCAUACAUUUCUCUUUGUUUAAUGGUGUCGACGGUGACGGCGAAUGUGGUGUUGAUUGCGAACAAUGUAACUAUGUCGUUUGCUGACACUGAAGCUAACUUUGCUCCGACGGUCAAGGGAUCAGGUGAGUGUGGGAACAUACAUGUGGCGGAACCUAUUGAUGCAUGUCUACCGUUGACGAAUGAGGUUGAUACAGAAGAAGCUACAAGGUCUCCAUUCGUACUUAUCAUAAGAGGUGGAUGUACCUUCGAGGAGAAAGUCAGAAGAGCGCAAAGUGCAGGGUUUAAGGCAGCCAUUGUUUAUGACAAUGAAGAUACUGGAGUCUUGGUUGCAAUGGCAGGAAAUGCAUCAGGUAUUGAAAUACAUGCUGUGUUCAUCUCCAAGGUUGCAGGUGAAGCACUAAAGAAGUAUGCUGGUUCUUCCAACAUGGAGCUUUGGAUCAUUCCAACAUUUGAAAACUCAGCAUGGUCUAUCAAGGUCAUCUGUUUUGUUUCCUUACUGGCCAUGUCUAUUGUGCUUGCCACUUGUUUCUUCAUUCGUAGACACCAUGUAAGACGAGAAAGACCUCAUGCUCCUCGUGUUCGGGAAUUCCAUGGCAUGAGUAGUCAUUUAGUGCAAGCAAUGCCGAGCUUGAUAUUCACAACAGUGUCAGAAGAUAACUGCACUUCAAGAACUUGUGCCAUAUGCCUUGAAGAUUACAGUGUUGGCGAGAAACUUAGAGUGCUACCAUGUCAUCAUAAGUUCCAUGCCUUUUGCAUUGAUUCUUGGCUCACUACGUGGCGGACAUUUUGCCCAGUCUGCAAGCGUGAUGCUAGGACAAGCUCAGGCGAUCCUCCAGCCUCUGAGUGCACUCCAUUGCUUUCAUCAAGUGCAGCUUCUGUCACAUCCUCUGCUAGAUUUUCAUCUGCCAGAUCGUCAUUUGUAUCAUCUUUAGCUAUGGCUUCAACACCAUCACAGUCUCCAUCUGUUUCACGCUUUUACUCCCUCUCUGCUAUUCCUCAUAUAGAUGAGUCUUUCAUGUCUUGUGGCAACUCUCCUUCCAUCAGUUUAAGCAGAAGCUCUGUAGACCUCAGGAAUGUAUCUUCCCAAAGAUCUUAUGCCUCUCGUCUAGUUUCAUUUCACUCCUUGGGCUACCGUUCUUUAUUACCUCUCAACUCAAGAUACACAUCACCAUAUGUUCCAAGUUCGAGCAAUGCCUAGCAAGUUUUGUUGAGCCAUCCAGCCACCAUCACUAUCUGGAACAUUGCAAUGAGUCAGCAGCAAGCCUUUCUCCUUUUGCUUCUGCUUAAUCUUUUCCGGGAUUUUGAUGCCUGGUUCCACCAUGUUAUGGAAAUAUGAAGACUAGCAGAUAAUCAUUUCCUUUUGUAGAAUUCUCAGUUGCAGAUUCUGCUCAAAUCUCCCAUCAACUUCUAGUAGAGCCCCUCUAGGUGCAACUUCCAUGCAUGUUCUCUGGUUUGACUGCCUGUAUGUUUUUAUUCCCAUAUCAUGAAACACCAUUACUGAAAUGAUUUUGUAGUGAGAUUCCAAAGGGUUUUUUUUUUUUUUCGUUUGCUGUUGAAAAUUAAUAUUUAGAGUGCUGACGUAUUGGGAUAAAAUGUUGAAACUGUAGUUAAAUGUUAGACUGAAAACUUUUAUAGAGGGAGCAUUGAAAUCAGCUAGAAGCUGAUUUGGUUAAAA